CAUUUCACUAAGCUGCCAAACAAAACUUAACUCUCUCUCUCUCUCUCUCUAAGCUUCGGCGGCGCAGCCAUGGCUUCUCUCUCAGCAGCGAUCUCACACUCUUCUUCGCACGUCGCAUUGGCUCACAACACGAAGCCGAAGAAGAUCCGCCAAUCGCAAUGCCGCACUCUUCCUCUUCCUCACCGGUCACCUAUUUGCCGAUUGGGUUUUGUAUCCCAGGGGGGCAGUAAAGAGGCAUCAAAUACCCGUGUAUUUACUUCAGUUAAAGAUGUAUUACUGGAUGAAUCUGCGGAAAAGGUUCAGCUUCCCAAAGGUGACACAUGGUCAGUCCAUAAAUUUGGAGGCACAUGUGUGGGAAGUGCCGAAAGAAUGAAGAGUGUUGGGAAUAUAAUUCUGAAUGAUGAUUCAGAAAGGAAGUUGGUGGUUGUCUCUGCAAUGUCGAAGGUCACAGAUAUGAUGUAUGACCUCAUUAAUAGAGCUCAAUCACGGGAUGAAUCGUAUAUAUCUGCACUGGAUGCUGUUUUAGAGAAGCAUAGAUCGACCGCACUUGAUCUACUAGAUGGGGAUGAUCUUGGUAGUUUCUUGUCACAGUUGCAUCAUGAUGUCAAUAACCUUAAAGCGAUGCUUCGGGCAAUAUACAUAGCUGGUCAUGCAACAGAAUCUUUUACAGAUUUUGUUGUUGGACAUGGAGAGCUAUGGUCUGCUCAAAUGUUAUCGGCGGUUGUUAGAAAGAAUGGGAUCGAUUGCAAAUGGAUGGAUACAAGGGAAGUCCUUAUUGUAAAUCCUACUAGUGCUGAUCAAGUUGAUCCUGAUUACCUGGAAUCGGAAAAAAGACUUGAAAAUUGGUAUUCCAAGAAUCCAUCUCAGAUAAUCAUAGCAACUGGUUUUAUUGCUAGCACACCGCAAAAUAUUCCUACUACCUUGAAGAGAGAUGGAAGUGACUUCUCUGCAGCUAUCAUGGGUGCGCUGUGCAGGGCCGGUCAAGUCACAAUCUGGACAGAUGUUGAUGGUGUCUACAGUGCAGAUCCCAGAAAAGUUAACGAGGCAGUGAUUCUCGGGACACUUUCUUAUCAGGAGGCUUGGGAAAUGUCAUACUUUGGGGCAAAUGUGUUACACCCCCGCACCAUAAUCCCAGUGAUGCGAUAUAACAUUCCAAUUAUAAUAAGGAAUAUUUUUAACCUCUCUGCUCCUGGAACGAAGAUUUGCCACCCUUUAGUAAGUGACAAAGAAGAAAACCAAACUGUGGAGUCUCUUGUCAAAGGAUUUGCAACAAUAGACAACUUGGCCCUUGUAAAUGUUGAGGGAACUGGGAUGGCUGGUGUUCCAGGCACAGCUCAUGCUAUUUUUGGUGCUGUAAAAGAUGUGGGAGCCAAUGUUAUUAUGAUAUCUCAGGCUAGUAGUGAACAUUCUGUGUGUUUUGCUGUGCCUGAGAAGGAAGUAAAAGCUGUUGCAGAGGCAUUAAAGUCUAGAUUUCGUCAAGCUUUGGACGCUGGACGUCUAUCCCAGGUUGCGAUCAUUCCAAACUGUAGCAUUUUGGCAGCUGUUGGCCAGAAAAUGGCAAGUACUCCUGGUGUUAGCGCCACUCUUUUCAGUGCACUGGCAAAGGCAAAUAUUAAUGUUCGUGCUAUUGCUCAAGGAUGUUCUGAGUUCAAUAUUACCGUGGUUGUUAAACGAGAAGAUUGUAUAAAGGCCCUAAAAGCUGUCCACUCUAGAUUUUACUUAUCAAGAACUACAAUAGCAGUGGGCAUAAUUGGGCCUGGCUUGAUUGGCAGUACAUUACUAGAGCAACUGAAGGAUCAGGCAGCAGUCCUUAAGGAAGAAUUUAAUAUUGAUCUGCGUGUCAUGGGAAUCACUGGUUCAAGGACAAUGCUUUUGAGUGAAUCGGGUAUUGACUUAUCUAGUUGGAAAGAACUUCAAAAGGAAAAAGGAGAAGCGGCUGAUUUACAGAAGUUUGUUCAACAUGUGCAUGGCAAUCAUUUUAUUCCAAAUACUGUCUUGGUAGACUGCACAGCUGACUCUGCUAUUGCGAGCCAUUAUUAUGAUUGGUUGCGGAAAGGAAUUCAUGUAAUCACCCCCAAUAAAAAGGCAAAUUCCGGACCACUUGAUCAGUACUUGAAGUUGAGAGCUCUUCAACGGCAGUCGUAUACACAUUACUUCUAUGAAGCCACUGUUGGAGCUGGUCUUCCAAUCAUUAGCACUUUAAGAGGUCUCCUCGAAACUGGGGACAAAAUAUUGCAGAUUGAAGGCAUCUUCAGUGGAACUUUGAGUUACAUCUUCAACAACUUUAUGGGUAAAGUAGCUUUCAGUGAGGUGGUGACUAAAGCAAAACAAGCUGGUUUUACAGAGCCGGAUCCAAGGGAUGAUCUAUCUGGAGCAGAUGUUCGUAGAAAGGUGAUAAUCCUUGCUAGGGAGUCUGGUUUAAAGCUGGAACUAUCUGAUAUUCCUGAGAAAAGUCUUGUGCCAGAACCAUUAAGAGCUAGUGCUUCAGCUGAGGAAUUUAUGCAAAAACUGCCACAAUUUGAUCAGGAAAUGAGUAAGAAACUACAGGAUGCGGAGGAUGCAGGAGAAGUCUUGAGGUACGUAGGGGUUGUGGAUGUGGUUAAGCAGAAAGGUGUAGUGGAACUGCGACGAUACAAGAAGGAUCACCCAUUUGCACAACUCUCUGGAUCAGAUAACAUUAUUGCUUUUACAACAACAAGAUAUCAAAAGCAGCCUUUGAUAGUCCGAGGACCAGGUGCUGGGGCCCAAGUCACAGCCGGUGGAAUAUUCAGUGACAUAUUGCGGCUUGCCUCUUACCUUGGUGCGCCAUCAUAGGAACACCACUCACAAGAUCUGAUCCAUUUGCACUGUUUCUUAGCCCUUUCAGGCUGUACUUUUACGCAUUUCCUGUUAGGGGCAUGUUCUUGUAGUUUAUGGCUUUUUUGUAUGGUAGCAAUCUAGGUUGAUCAGUGAAGCGGCUUUGAAACCUGAGGUAUAACUGUAGGAAAGCAGUAUUGCUAUUGGAAAGUAAGUGUAGUUUUAAGAAAUAGGUGCGGUGACUGCUCUUUUUGGGUUCUAGAGUGUAUAAUGUAUUCAUAAUUGGAAUCCUCACUAGUUUGUUGAGAAUUUAUAACUCGGCCCAAAAGUUGGAAAUAAAGCUUGAUUGUUGUCGUUGUC